UGUCACUCUUAACAACGGGCAGCCGGUCAGUCGAGUAUCCAACACUCACAAUCAUCAUGUCGCAGCUCACACACGCUCCUGCCAAUUACAGGAACGGCAAGAGUGCAAUCAAUCAACCUAGGAUGGGGUGGCUCACAUGGCCACACACCAACGACUCUCACACAGCCAUGUCAUGUCCCACACACGCACCAGGCAAUCACGUAGAGAAGAAGACACUCGCGCGCACACACAUCCACGUGGUCAACGUACCUCCCUAAGGAACCCUUCUCCCCCCCAAUCUGCCUCAGACGUAAAAAAUGCCAGCAGUCUCAUAUCCUUCAGACGGCCCCACCUCUCUCCCUCCCCCUCCCUCCCUCUGUCUCCCUUACUCCCUCUGCCACUCACUGGGCGGCCGUCUCUCCCUUGUGUUGGUAUCUAUAAUGCUUCGCCUCCAUCGCCCGGCGAUGUCCAAUGGCGGCCUGCUUGGCACCCUCAUAGCCCAACUCAGCGAUUGAGAAGGGCUUCGUCUUCUCUUUGCCGCUCUCCUGCCGGCCUUCCAGCAAUUCUUCCUUUUGUCGUGAAAGACGCCCUUGACGCCGCUCCGGUGCUUUGAUAGCUUCCUCACCGACGCACAGCCAGCGCUCUCCAUCUCACGACGGUGCUGCUCGGCCAACGCCUGACGGACGGAUGCACAAGAGAGAGACUCAGGGGGAGAGGGAACGGGCGGCGUUGUGCGCACCUUGGCUGUGUCGAAGCCAUGGUCUCUGACGGAGAAGUACUUGAUCUUCUCCUUCGAGCCGCCCUUUUCGCACCACGAUGCCAUCCAGGCCUGGUUCUUCUCAUGCCAGCGAACACCCGCCACGUUAGACUGAUGCUCUGCAGUUGGUACCACACAUAAUCAAUCGGUUGCAGCGGUGUGUUGGAUUUGCCUCUUGGUCUCCUCACCGGAUUUGGUGAUGACGGUCUUCCCCUUGCUGCCGGCCUUGCUGUCGGUGUCGGCGGCCCACUGGGGGCCAGACAUACAGAUGGACGACCACACAUCACCGGCGGACACCGACGCACCAUCCCUCUUGGCCGCCUUGGGCCUCCGGCGUGGCUGGGGAGACGGUGAGCGGCUGCCGUCAUCAUGAUCAUUAUGGCUCUCACUUCCACCCUGAUCAGACUGGCGGGCGGCCCAAGCCACGAUGCUCCUCUGCCGGGCACGUCGGUCCAGUGUCGCGUCUCCUUCUCGACUCAUACGGGGGCG